GCCGUAAGAACCCCGCGGUCUCGCGCACUCUUUCUCUCGCUCGCUCACUCGCUGCUUCAGCCGACGUCGCUUUUGCUUUGCCGGAUCCGCCAAGAUGUCGCUCUCCCACAAGCUCACCCUCGAUAAAGUCGACGUGAAGGGCAAGCGCGUCGUCAUGAGGGUUGAUUUCAAUGUACCAAUGAAGAACAACCAAAUAACCAACAACCAAAGAAUCAAGGCAGCGAUCCCAAGCAUCAAGCAUUGUCUGGACAAUGGUGCCAAAUCUGUAGUAUUGAUGAGUCAUCUGGGCCGGCCCGACGGAGUUCCAAUGCCUGAUAAAUUUUCUUUGGAGCCAGUAGUAGCUGAACUCAAAUCACUGCUUGGCAGGGACAUCAUAUUCCUGAAAGACUGUGUGGGAUCAGAGGUAGAGUCAGCUUGUGCCAGUCCUGCAGAUGGCUCCGUAAUUCUCUUGGAAAACCUCCGAUUCCAUGUAGAAGAAGAAGGAAAAGGGAAGGAUCUUUCAGGCAAUAAGAUCAAGGCUGAUUCUGCAAAAGUGGAUGCUUUUAGAGCAUCACUUUCUAAAUUAGGAGAUGUUUACAUUAAUGAUGCUUUUGGGACUGCACAUAGAGCUCACAGGUGAGUCUUUGGUGUCAUG